UUUAAACUAAAAUGAGUGGCUGUCGAGUCUUCGUUGGACGUCUAAGUCCGCAUGCCCGGGAGCGAGAUGUGGAGAAAUUUUUUAAAGGAUAUGGCCGUAUACGUGAAAUUAAUCUGAAAAAUGGCUUUGGUUUUGUGGAAUUUGAGGAUCACAGAGAUGCAGAUGAUGCCGUUUAUGAACUGAAUGGUAAAGAACUGUGUAAUGAAAGGGUUACAAUCGAACAUGCCAGAGCCCGAAGAGGGGGUAGGGGCAGAUAUCCUCAACGAUUCAAUUAUUACCAAUCCUAUGGAGGUGGAUCUAGCCAGUAUGGUCCACCUCUUCGUACUGAACACAGACUUAUAGUUGAGAACCUUUCUUCACGUGUUAGCUGGCAGGAUUUGAAAGACUUCAUGAGAAAGGCUGGAGAGGUGACUUUUGUAGAUGCUCACAGAAACAAUCCAAAUGAAGGUGUUGUAGAGUUUGCGUCAUCUAGUGACAUGAAGAGUGCAAUGGACAAGUUGGAUGGCAGUGAGUUGAAUGGACGCAGAAUCAAAUUAAUCGAAGAUCGCAAAAGGCGCAGCAGAUCCCGUUCGCGAAGCUAUUCAAGAUCCCGUAGCAAAUCUAGAUCUGCAAGAUCUUCCAAGUCAAGCAGCAAGUCUCGGUCUCGCAGCCGUACACCUGAGAAGAGAAGCUCUCGCAGCCGUACACCUGAGAGGAAGAGCUCUGAGAAAAACCACCACUCUGGCCCACAGAAUUCCUCUCCAUCUCCUCCUCCAGCCAAGAAGAGGUCUCGCUCUAGGUCAAGUUCGGCUGAAAGCCGCAGUUAAGGUAUUUUGAGAGAUGUAUAAAUAUUUCAUUUCUAAGUCAAACUUUUCUACAAGCUUGAAAUAAGUUGCAGGUGUGUGUAGGGCGGAAAUUCAUCAGGUGAGCGUAGACAUCUGAAGUGUGGAUGUAAACUCCCGCCCCAUCCUUACUGGAGUUGGGUAAAUUGUAAUUAUUAACUAAAGAAAAUUGAAUCGACAAAUUAUAAUUACCCAAGUGUGUAACGUACUCUGCUUUAGGUAAAUUGUUGCUGGCUAAAGCAGAACGCAUAUGGGAAGUUUUGUCCUUGCUGUUGAACAUAAUGAAAUUCAGACGUGGCCUGUGGUACCACUUUUCAAAAUCCUCUGGCUGUGCUUCUUGUUCGCACAUAGAUUACCUCCUAGUUGGCAUUUUCACACACUUAGCUGAACUGCACUGGCCAUUAACGUGCAAUUUAAAGAAGUUCCAGCAAACAUUCCCAUUAUACCAUUAUCAUUUUGUAGUGCAUAAGGGGACAUUUGGAUUGUGCAUGAGUGAUGUUGCUUAUUCUACACUAGUAUUUACAUAAAUAGUAAUCAGCCAGGGAGGAUGUUUAAAAUGUUACCUGGCAAAGCAGAAACGUUUCAUUUUUUUAAAUCCUAGUUUAGAAUAAGCCCUG